UCAAAUUCCUAAUAAAAGCCUAUCCAUCUUCCCUCACUCUAAAGAAACUUCAUGGACUGAUGUUGCAGCAGAGAUGGAUUUUUAUUCCUUGAAAAGAAAGCAACUCCAAGCCCUCUGCAAGAAGCAUGGCAUUCCUGCAAAUACAACAAACCUCGAAAUGGCUGAGCGUUUGACUGCCUCGCUCAAGGUAAAUGGAAUUGCCACUUCUGAAGAAGGUAAUGAGAAAAAUUCUAAGGAUGCACCGAAGAAGUUGAAGAAAGUUAGGUUCAGACCUGAUAACGAAACCCGGGAAUAUGUGCCUUCGGCAUAUCGAAAGCCAGAAGGGAGAAGAAGGAGGGCAACUUUGGUUAAUCCUGUGUCCAAGGAAUUGGGACAAAGCAAUCUUUCUGAGAAUGUUGUUAGAAAGAAGAGGGAGAGGGGCAGUGAGAAGAUUGAAAGUGAUUGUAGGAUCACUCGGUCACGGGCUAGGGUUGAUAAUGAGACCUUUUCUGUGUUGCAGAAAUCUAGAGCAUCUCAAGAGGGAGAAGCAAGCAAAAACAUUGCCAGGGAUAGCGUUGAAGCUAGAAAGGGUUUCAGGAGAUCAAAAAGAAAUAUGGCCAAAUGUACAGACUCGGAAAUAAUGAAAGUUGAUGUGGUUAGUAGGAUCACAAGGUCUGGAGCUCAGUUUGCGGGGAAUUCUUCUACAGUUGGUGGUAAAGGUGAAAAUGAAGUUUUUGGCGUUGCGAAAGAAUGUGAAGGGGCCGUUCGGAUUAAAAAAUUAUCAGAGGGUUUAAGUAGAAAUGGUUCUAGACGGAAAUCUGUUGCACAACAUAAUGAUGAGGUAGAAAGUUAUGGUCAGGAGGUGUUAAAGGAGGCCAGAAAGAAAUCAAUGAAUUUAAAUUUUGCAAAUGUUAAUGAAGUUAAUGCUUCUUUAGCAUCUACAGAACGCACGGAGAAGGUCUCUAUAACCGCUGCUGGUCAACGGAGGUCCAGGCGCAAAGCUGCUGUGGUGAACUCUACUGCUGCCAUUGAUGAACAUGGAAUCGGAGAAUCUAUUGGAAAGGUUAAGAAAUCAAAUGAAAAUGUCUUACGUGAAGAUGCCAAAGUGUCCAAUGAACUACGGAGGUCUACCAGGAAUGCUUCUAGACAAUGUUCGGUGGCUAACUUCAAUAAAAUGAAUGAAAUCGCUGAUAGUGUUGGAAAUAUUGGGCAACUGAAACGCAAACGAGAAGCAAUUAAGGAGACAGAAGCCACACUGGAUGGAUCCUUGGUUGGGGAACCCCCAAGAAGAUCUGCACUAGAAGCCUUAAAGAGUGGCUUGGUUGGACUUUCUGCAGCUUGUAAAUCUGUUGAGGAGAAAGCAACAGAGAAUAUGAAGAAUGCCAAUGACAUUACUAUUUCACAGCUUAGUGAAGUGGAUGGAUUGACCACGGGAGAAUCCGGCUUUAAAACCUUUGAGAAGAGAAAAGUAUCCAAAAGCAAAGCCAGAGGAAAAACAUGUAUUGCUACUGUGGGUGUCUCGGCUUUGCAUUCUGCAACAAAGUUUGAGAAGAAUUUGGCUUCAACACCAGUUUUGCUGGCAAGUGCUGCUACAGAACAAGCAUCAUCAAUUGAAAAUGUUUCAGGAAAAGAUGCCGAAGUGUCUAAUAAACUGCAGAGUUCUACCGGGAAUGCUUCUAGACAAAUUUUGGUACCUACCUUUAAUGAAAUGAAUGAAAUUGCUGAUAGUAAUGGAAAGGUUGGGCAACUGAAACGAAAACGUGAUGCAGUUAAAGGGACAAAAGCCUAUCUAGAUGGAUCCUUAGAUGGAGAACCUCCAAGCGGGUCUACACAAGUCUCAGAAAGUGGCUUUGUUGGACUUUCUGAACCUUGCAUAUCUGUUGAGGAAAAAGCAACAGAGCAUAUCGAGAAUGCCAACUGCAUUAAUAUUUCACCAAGUGAAGACAAUGGAUUGACUGUGCCAGAAGCUGCUUUUAAAUCUUUUGAGAAGAGAGGAGAAUCCAAAAUCAAAACCAGAGGAAAAAGAAGCAUUGCAACUUUGGAUGUUUCGACUUUGUAUUCUGGCACUGGGGAAGAGAUAGAUAGUGCGACAAGUUUAGAGGAGAAUUUGGCUUCAACACCACUUGUGUUAACAAGUUCUUAUACAGAAGAAGCGUCACUGGUUGUAGGGAACUCUCAGGCUAUUAAUGCUAACAACGUUGUUCUGGUAAAUGACAUAGGGAAACUGGUCUCAGAUACCAAGGGAGGUGUAGACGACCAAUCAUGUCAGUCCUUGGAGAUCUACGCAAAUUUAGCUAGUGAUAAUUCAACUGAACUUGAGUUGGCAAAAUUUCAAGAAAAAGCUUGUGAUGUGGCUUCUCCAUCUGGUGGCUUCUCAUCUGCAAAUCAAUUUGCUUUGGCAGGUGAAAGCUGCAAUCUUUCAGGAUUGGAGAAAGGACUGGCAAGAGAACAAAUGUCAACAGACAAGGAUGCAUGCGCUGUUAGUGAUGGUAUCAGCAAUAAUUCAAUUGAAGUUGAUGGGAUAUCUGUUCAGAAGGAUGGAGUUUGUGGUCUAGAAGGGACUGAGCAGGAUGGUAUAAAAGAUGAGAUUAAGCACAAUGUGGUUCCCUCUAAUAGGGAAUGGUUACCAGCUGUCAGUGCAGAGAUUGUUACGAAGAGCACCAAUAAUGUGUGCCUGGAAAGUAAUAAAACAGUAACUCCUAAUUCUGAUUGUGGGGAUGGAAAGAAUGGAGUUUGUGGUCUACAAGGGACUGAGCAGGAUGGUAUAAAAGAUGAGAUUAAGCACAAUGUGGUUCCCUAUAACAGGAGAUGGUUACCAGCUGUCAGUACAGAGAUUGUUACGAAGAGCACCAAUAAUGUGUGCCUGGAAAGUAAUAAAACAAUAAUGCCUAAUUCUGAUUGUGGGGAUGGAAAGAAUGCUUUGGUACGAAUGGUACCGUAUGCUUUGCCUCAAUUUUAUUUUGAGAAUCUGGAAGAUCGAAAUAUGAGCAACACUGCAAUGCUAAAGAACUCCAAUGAUGAAGUGUUACGAAAACAUGAAGCAGUUAGGGAGACAGAAGCCUCUCUGGAUGGAUCCUUGGUUAGAGAACCUCCAAGAAGAUCUACAUUAGAAGCCUUAGAAAGUGAUUCGGUUGGGCUUUCUACACCUUGCAAAUCUGUUGAGGGGAAAGAAACAAAGCAUAUCAAGAAUCCACUAAGUGAAGAAAAUGGAUUGACUAUGCCAGAAGUUGCUUUUAAAAGCUUUGAGAAGGAAGGGGAAUCCAAAUUUAAAACUAGAGGAAAAAGAAGUAAGCCAGCUGAGGAUGUUUUCGCUUUGCGUUCUGGCAUUGGGGAAGAGAGAGAUAAUGCAUCAAAAUUAAGGAAGAAUUUGGCUUCAACACCACUCCUGUUGGCAAGUGCUGCUACAGACGUAGAAGCAUCAAAGGCUGUAAGGAAGCCUGAGGCUAUUAAUGAUAACAACGUUAUUAUGGCACAUGACCUGGGGAAAUUGUUCUCAAAUACUAAGGGAGGUAUAGAUGAUCAAUCAUGUCAAUCAGUGCCCCUGGAGAUCUGGGCAAGUUUAGAUAAUCAUAAUUCAACUGCACUUAAAUUGGUAAAAACAAUAGCUUGUGACGUAACUUCUCCAUAUGUUGGCUUCUCAUCAUCAAAUCAAUAUGCUUUUAAAGAUGCAGGUGAAAGAUCCAAGACCUCAGGAUUGAAGAAAGGGCUGGCAAGAGAACAAAUGUCAACAAGCAAGGAUGCAUGCUAUGAUAGUGAUGGUGUCAGUGGCAAUUCAACUGAAGUUGAUAGGAUAGCUAUUCAGGAGGAUGGAGUCUCUGGUCUAGAAAGGACAGAGCAGGAUGAUAUAAGAGAUGGUACUGGGAGAUCGUUACCAGCAGUCAGAGCAGAGAUUGCUACCAAGAGCAUAAAAAAUGUGUACCAGGAAAGUAAUGAAACAGUAACGCCUAAUUCUAAUUGUGAGGAUGCAAAGAGUAUUUUGGAAAGAAUGGUACCCGAUGCUUUGCCAAAACUUUAUUUUGAAAAUCUGGAAGAGGGAAACAUGAGCAAUCCUGCAACGACAAAGAACUUCAAUGACGAAGUUUUACGUGAGCAAAAUUUUGGGGAUUGCAUGGCUGGGAAAGGAGCUAGUUUUGAUAGUAAUGGUGGCAAACCAUUUUUUUCGGAAGCACCAUCAACAUUAGAUGUCCUAAAACUGCCUUCUAAUGAAUUUCGCCAUUAUGAAGAGAUGGUUAUAGAGAGCAACUGCGGUGUUGAUGCUGUCACGGAUGUGCCUAUGACCAAGUAUUGGGAUGCAGUUAUAAAUAUGGUAGGUAACCAAAGUAUGGAUGGAGAGCCUAAGCCAGAGGUUGAACAGCAUGACAAGAAGUCCAAGGAUUCUGAGGACCUGGUCAAUGGUAAGUUUGUGGAGGAACCGUUGAAUGCAGCACAGUGCGAUCAGGUUGUAAGGGAGGGUAAUGUAGAGGGUGCUUGGGUAGAUAAGCUUUCUGACAAUGGUGAUGGGGAGGAAGUUCCUACCAAGGUUAAUGACAAUUUUAGUGAAAGUUUGACUAAGAGCAUUUUUCGAGAAAGGGAAUAUUUUGGAGGAGAGAAUGUAUCCCAGUUUCCCGAGUGCAUCACAGGGGUUGACGGGAUGGAGAAGAAAGAAGUAAAAUGUAAAGUGAGUGACUCCAUUGUUGACACUACUGUGACAAUUAAUGGUUAUCACAUGGAUGACGAGGCUGCAGAUGUGCAUGAUAUAAUUUAUGAAAAUGCUGAAAUAAAUGCCAGCGAAACGUGCAUGAUGACAAUAGAGAUGCAGGAGGCACCGAGUGGAGGGAUUUUACAGAAAAAUGAGACUAUGGAGCCUGGCAAAGAAAUUUUAGAUUGUGAAGAUGAGUUAUUAAAAGUUAAUGAUGCUGGUGCAAUUGCUUUGUCUGAGGUUGCCUCGACUGAUUUUGGAGGCCUUGAUAAGAGGCCUGAUGGGGCCACAGUAAAGGCUGUUGAGCUUGAAAAUCUCGAAGAGAAGUGUGGGUCGGAGUUGGACAUAAGUGAUCAUAUAGCCUUUGGCAUAGACGUCAAAGCUGCUGAAGCAAAUGAAAAAGUUGAAAACAUGGAUGGAAAUUUGAAAGGCAAGGAUUUCAAUAGUGAGGCUGAGCAGGAAUCUGACAACAUUGUCUUCUCAUCCCAUGAGACUGCAUCCUUAAAUAUUCAGGUUGAAUCUGCCAUUGUCACUAACUGGGAGGUGAAUUUGAUUCAAGGGAAUGGAGAACAAAAUCGAGAAAUAAUAUCUGAUGAGGAUCUCUUGGACAAUAAUUCCAUGAUCAAGGAUUCCGGGCAUGUAAUGCAUGCAGAAGAAGCUCAAGUUGAAAAAUCUGAAGAAGUUACGGAAGACAGUUUGGUUAAUGAGGAUUCUGGCCAUACUGUGCUUAUAAAAGAUGUUACUAAUAUUCAAAAACUUGCACAAUUUGCUGAAAUGCAUUUUAGUGAGGCUCUCCCUUCUGUCAGAAAAGAGCCCACAGUUGACCUUGGUCUUGAUCAAGCAUCUUUCAUCAACCAAGAGAUUAUUGAUAUCCAGAACUGUGAGGAUGAGAAGGUCGAGAAUUUUUCGAUUUCUGCACAGGAGGAGGUUUGGGCAGAAGAAGCUACUGUUAGUGGUAAAGGAGAUGAUUUAGUUAAGUGCAAUGCAAAUCGUGCUCCUGAGAAUAAUAUCUCCUACUCUGGCUCUGAAGGAGAUACAGAAAAUAGAGCAUGUGCAGAAGACGAAGAAGUUUGCACACCAACCACUGGGAAGAUUGACAUACCCAAAGAGGUGGCAGUUGGAGAGACUGUUCUAUCAGAUUGUCCAGAUAAAAAAUCACAUGAAAUGGCAAGGAGCGAGCUACAAACGAUAAUAUCAAAUUGCAGCAACUGGGAAGACUACCAACCUGCAGAAAAUUUGUUAUUUGCUGAUACAUGUUUUGGUAAACCUGAAUUUGCUUCGGGCAGUUCUUUCACACAGCAGAAUGCAAUUGCAGAAGCAUCUUCUGAAGAGUUCAAAGAACAAGUCAAGGAGAAAGAUGACACCAUAAUAGGAGAAUAUGGCACAGCUCAGAGGUCUGGUAGAGAUCUAAAUGAUCCUAUAGAUGGUUCAAGUCUAGGAAACAGAUCAAGCUGCCCUCAGGAGGUUGCUAAAGAUCAACUUAAUGUGCCUCAUGAUUCAGUAAAUGAAUCAGACUUCAUGAAUGAUGUUGAUUAUGCAACUCUCAACAAACGUUCCUGCGAAAAUGAAAGUAAGAUCCAUUCCUCAGAGGCUGGGGAAGCUCGUCACUUGCACAAGCUUGAUGAUGAGGUUCCCAGUGUUGUUGAACCUAAAACAACAGUCGACUUUGAAAACCUUGUCGCUCUUCCUGCAUUCAAAAGUGAGCUACUAAUUAAUUGCUCAACUAUUUCUGCUGUUUGUUCUUCUCCUUAUCAUGAAAGUGAAGCCUUGGUAAUGACAAGUGAGGUUGCUGAAGAGUCAAAGGUGCAGGAUAAUAUGCCUGCCAAGACUGAUGAUACCCAAGGUUCCAUUGUUUGUAAGUUUCAAGAGAAUGAAUCUGUGAAUGUUGAGCAUUUUAACGUUUUCUCACAAAAUGAGAUCUUCGUGCAAGAUGCUAAGGCAACCGCUUUUUGUGAUGCUGCUACAAUGGAGCAAACAUUAAAGUCUGAUCCAUGCAACUUAAAACCAGAUAAUAUUGGCAAUCUCAAUGUUGAAGAUGUGGGAGAGGCAAAAGAGUCGACCAAGGAUAUGCCAAAAAUGGGUGAAGCACUAGACAAAUCUCCUGGAUUCACCACUUCUGGGGUUGGUCAAGACAUUACUGCUGUAGAUGGCCAUGGCCUUCAAAGGAAAUUGCAAGUACCGUUAAAGCCAAGUUCGCAUCCUGAAAAAGAAGAUGAACUUAACGUGUAUGGCGUUCGAUUAAUGAUGACAAGGAAGAGUAACAUAAUUAGUUUGAUUCAAGGGACACCACAAAAAGCUCUGGACGCCAAUGUUAUGAAAGAGAAUGCCCCAAGCACCAAGAGGCAGCGAGUUGGUGAAGUGACAGCCCCAAAAACGUUGCCAAAGAGACGUCCUCUAGAGGAUCUGAAGAAGCAAUAGAUGAUUGGAUCUUUAGGGUAGUGAAAUGACUGGAAUUGCUAAUUUAUUAAGUAUUUUAACAAGUCCACUUAUUUAUUCAAGUUCAUAUUUCAUGAUGCUUGAGAAGUUUAUGAUUAUGUUGAUUGUAUUUGAUACUUGGCAAUAAUUGUUAAUGUUGAUUGUAUUUGCAACUGAA